AUGCUGGCACUGGCACUGCUCGCACUGCCCUCGCUGGCAUGGGCAGCCUCGGGCGCACACUCGCACCCUCACUCGGCAGUCAACGCAGCAGCAACAGCAGCGACCUCGAAGCAACCCGCACCGACUGCAGCCUACGACCGCACGACGUGGCAGGGCGAGGAGCAGAUCAAGGAUCCCAACGCAGAGUGCACCUACUACUCGUACCCGCCCGUCAACGCCAUCAUUGGCUCGUACCCAGCCAUCUGGAAAACCGCAGACCUCUCCGCCGCAGGGAUCUCGGCAGACGACAAGGCGCUGUUCCGCGCUCUGAACGCGACGAUUCCGCAGAUCCAGCCGAGGGGCGAUAGGGCGGGUAACUUCCAGGGCGUCGUCUACGACGGCAACUCCGACCCCGACUGCUGGUGGACUUACACGCGUUGCACGACGCCUAAGAUCGCUUCCCUCCAGGACGACGUAACGAAGUGCGACCAGCCCAACACGUGGGGAUUUACGCUGGACGAUGGACCCAACUGCUCGCACAACGCCUACUUCGACUACUUGAACUCGAUCAACCAGAAAGCCACGCUCUUUUACAUUGGCUCGAAUGUGUUGGAUUGGCCGCUGGAGGCGCAGAGGGGUUUGGCGGAUGGACACGAGAUCUGCUCGCACACUUGGUCGCACCCUUACAUGACCUCGCUCACGAACGAACAAGCCUUUGCCGAGCUCUACUUCUCCAAAAAAGCCAUCAAGCAAGUCCUCGGCAUCACGGUUCGGUGCUGGCGCCCUCCGUACGGCGAUGUCGACGACCGCAUCCGUUUCAUCGCUGAAGCGCUCGACAUGCGUACAAUCAUCUGGAACGCCGAUACAGACGACUACAACUGGGUCACCCAAGGUCUCCCCGCCAUUCGAAAGAACUACCAAUCGAUCCUCAACAACCAGUCUGCUGGAGCGUACGACGACUCGGGUGUGAUCGUCUUGACGCACGAGAUUGACGCGGGAACGAUGCAGCUCAGUCAAGAGUUCCUGCCGCAGAUCAUGAAGCAGUUCACGGGCGGCGUUCUCCCCGUCGCAGUCUGCAUGAACAACACCGAACCCUACGUCGAACAAAGCUCCUACGUCUACCCCAACUACGCCCAAUGGGCCGCUGGCACCCGCUCAGUCUCGCUCGCUGCUCCCACCGCCGCGCCGAACUCGGGUCGCUUGAUCCUCGAUGCCCAGGCGUCGGGAGGCGUGACCAUCUCUGGCGCGACGGUCUCUACCGCCCCGAGCGCCAGUGCGGUCAAGCAGAUGAAGACGACUGGUUCGACGAGUUCGCAGGCGGCGGCUACGACCGCAGCCAAGAGCGGCGCCUCGCAGGCUGUCGUGCCCGGGCUCCUCGCCCUCUUCGGUGUCCUCGCGACUGGUCUCGCGCUCUAG